AUGUCAUUCAUCAAGGCAGGAGACCGGCCUCAACACCAGGCCAGGCCCCAAAUCUCUACAAGAUUGCUAGCCAACCCAAGUCUACCCAUUGUUCUGGAACAAGCCAAUUUAUCUUCCCCACCAUUUGCUAUUCCUCCUAAACAAUAUAAGCCAGUCACUAAGAGUAGCUUACAACAAGCUUUGGCAUCUCUUGCCAUGGGUGAUGAAUCUCUGCCCUUGAGUAAGCCUAUCAAGAAUGUGGAGUUUGAAGAUUGUGUGGAUAAUCCAAAGAAUUCAAAGAUACAAAUUGUGAUCAAACAGAAAAUCAACAAAUCACAUAGUAGAUCUAGCAUUGUCCCAAGCAAGACGUUUUCAAACCCUGUUUACCCUACUGAAUUGCCACCUACCCAGAUGAUUGUGGGAUCUUCAAAAGCCCUCAAGAAUCCCAAGACCAAAUUCCAAGGUCAUCUCCAAGAGAAUUCUUUUGACAAUAUCCUUCCUAGCUCAAGACUUCUGUACAACACAAUGAAAAAGAUCAGCAGUGAAACAUUAGAUGGUCUCACAAGAGGUGCAUUUGAUGAAGAAGUUUUAGAAACCAUAAUUAUUGACUGUUGA